CGGGAUGUUAGAGGCGCUCAGGGUGGCAGCAGAGCAGACGCCGGGCUGCCGCUGGGAGCUGCGGUCUCCGGCCAUGGCCCCCGCUCCGCCCCCCGCCGCCUCCUUCUCGCCCUCCGAGGUCCAGCGGCGCCUGGCGGCCGGCGCGUGCUGGGUCCGCCGCGGGGCCCGCCUCUACGACCUCUCCAGCUUCGUGCGGCACCACCCGGGGGGCGAGCAGCUGCUGCGGGCCAGGGCGGGCCAGGACAUCAGCGCCGACCUGGACGGGCCGCCGCACAGGCACUCGGCCAACGCGCGCCGCUGGUUGGAGCAGUACUACGUGGGAGAGCUCCGCGGGGAGCAGCAGGGCUCCGUGGAGAACGAGGCUGUAGCCCUUGAGGAAACUCAGAAGACAGAUCCUGCUAUGGAACCACGGUUCAAAGUGGUGGAUUGGGACAAGGACCUGGUGGACUGGCGAAAGCCUCUCCUGUGGCAGGUGGGCCACUUGGGAGAGAAGUACGAUGAGUGGGUUCACCAGCCGGUGACCAGGCCCAUCCGCCUCUUCCACUCAGACCUCAUUGAGGGCCUCUCUAAGACUGUCUGGUACAGUGUCCCCAUCAUCUGGGUGCCCCUGGUGCUGUAUCUCAGCUGGUCCUACUACCGAACCUUUGCCCAGGGCAACGUCCGACUCUUCACGUCAUUUACAACAGAGUACACGGUGGCAGUGCCCAAGUCCAUGUUCCCCGGGCUCUUCAUGCUGGGGACAUUCCUCUGGAGCCUCAUCGAGUACCUCAUCCACCGCUUCCUGUUCCACAUGAAGCCCCCCAGUGACAGCUAUUACCUCAUCAUGCUGCACUUCGUCAUGCAUGGCCAGCACCACAAGGCACCCUUCGACGGCUCCCGCCUGGUCUUCCCCCCUGUGCCAGCCUCCCUGGUGAUCGGCGUCUUCUACUUGUGCAUGCAGCUCAUCCUGCCCGAGGCAGUGGGGGGCACUGUGUUUGCGGGGGGCCUCCUGGGCUACGUCCUCUACGACAUGACCCAUUACUACCUGCACUUCGGCUCGCCGCACAAGGGCUCCUACCUGUACAGCCUGAAGGCCCACCACGUCAAGCACCACUUUGCACAUCAGAAGUCAGGAUUUGGUAUCAGCACUAAAUUGUGGGAUUACUGUUUCCACACCCUCACUCCAGAGAAACCCCACCUGAAGACACAGUGACAACUCCCACCCCCUCCGUCCUGCCCUCAGCCCGGCCCUGGCCCCUUCCCGACCCCCACCCGCCAUCCAGACCCCAUUAAGAAGGUUGGCUUGGCCAGGCAGGAUGGGCUGUGUCCGGCCCUGCAGCCUAGUGGAAGGUGCUGAGGGGGCCCUGAGGCAGGACCGCCCUCCUCACCCCUGGUAGGAGGGUCACAUCCACUUGGUGGCCAGGUGGCCCUUGGUGACCCACUUCUUCCUGGAGCGUCCCUGCCUAGAGCUCAGCCCACAGGACUGCUUCAGGACCUGGCCACAGGUAGCAGCCGCAAGGGGAAAUGAAGAAAACUGACCCCUCGUGGCCACCUGUGUCACCCUUGUGCCUUAGCCUCGUGGGCUGCCUAGGAGCUGCCUGCACGGCACAGCUCCGCAUUCACAGUCAGAAGUGGGUCUGUGGGACCUGUGGUCCCUGUCCUCCCUGCUGUCCCUUCUGGGGAGGCUUUGGUGGCUCUGAGGUGGACAAAGAGCUCUCACAAGAAGAGACAGAGUGAUGCCUCCCACAGUCCACCCCAGACCCUGGGGCAGCCCCUCUGGCCCUGCCAGCUGCCUGCGUCAUUGGGCCCAGGGUGGCUGGCAGGAGUCCCAGCUGCUUGCUUUAGGACCUGGCAGCUUUUCUCGCCGUCCCUCCCCUGCCUCCAGAAUCACAGCCCUUCUCCCCAAGGGAGGCUGAGGAGGCUUCUCCACCGGUGGCAGCCCCACCCCAUCCCCAGCCAUUCUUGGCCUCCACCCCAUCCCCAGCCAUUCUUGGCCUCCACCCCGCUCAGCCCCCAACUCGGGCCCUCCCAGAAGGAGCCACCUCUCAGUGCCUCACCUCCCCCUGCCUCCCAGCCUCCGCAGAUGAGGUUCCUGCCCCUUCCUCCUCGUAACCAAAACCCUCACUGCUCCCAGGACGGUCUUAUUUAUAAACCAGAUACAUGUUCUUAGUCUGGUCCCAGACCAAGGAGCUGGUCAGACGGCCCUUUCUAAUCCUACAUGUUGAGCUUAUGUAAAAAAUGUUGUUUCCUCCUGUUUUUGGUUCCUUUCUUACCCACAAACCAUUACUACUUGAAACUUAAAAAACUCGCCGAGUGUAAAGGCUAAAGAGAAGCAGUUUGACGGACCUUGUGAUUUGUACUGUUUGCUGCGGAGCUAUUUAAAGAUUUUGGAAUAAAUAUACAAAACUACGGUUGUGAAAUAAAAACUUAAAUUGUAUAUUUUGAAAAAUAAAACACUGAAAAGAAA